CUCACUGCACAAUCACGACAAACAAGAGGACGAUAGAAAAACAGCAAAAAGUUGCAUCAGAACAACCCUUUUUUUUAAUUUAUUCUUUUUCCUUUUUUUUCAAAUCAUCGUUAUUAAUUAUUAAUACCACUUCCACUUUCGGUUUCUCAUGCAUUUAUAUCUCUCCUUCAUCCCCAUUCUCUUCAAUUCCCCUCUCUCUCUCUCUCACUCUGCCAUGGAAAACCAGAACCGUCUCAAAAUGCGAAUCUCUCGUAUGUUCCGGUCCUCAUUCGGUUCCUGCAGGACCCGAAACUUAACCGAUGUAAUGGAAAAACCAGUGUUCAAUCCACCUGAGAAUCUCCAUAGCUUCCACUUCAUAGACCCACCUUCUUCUUCCCCGAAAAACAGAGCAUUUUCCUCUGUUUUCCGCUCUGAAACCUUCGACCACCGCCGUGCCGUGUCGGCUAAGGAUUCUUCCACCAGACGCAACAAAAUCUCAGAGUGUUCCUUACCGUUCCUCUGGGGUGUCAUCCGCAACGGCAAUGCCAUUAACAACCUUGAUGGAAGGUCGUGCCCCCCUGUUUCUCCAAACACUCCUUUGAAUCACGAAUUGGGUAAAACAAAGGAGAAAAACGUGAGGAGCAAGAAGAAAAAGAAGAAGAAGAAGCAUGCCCAGAAGAAAAACAGAGCCAGAGAGUUUUUCCCUUUCAACUCUUGCGCUAAGGACACUGACUUUGGUGGUUACUGGUGGUACAGCAGCGAUGAAGACGAUGAAACGGACACACUUUUCUCUUCCCGGAGCCUUUCUUCUGAUUCCUCCAGGUCCCGUCGCCGGCGCCGGAAAAAUGACCGGAGCUCCUCCGACAUGGGUGUUCUACCGUUGCAGGGGAAGGUGAAGGACACGUUCGCGGUGGUGAAACGCUCCAGCGACCCGCACAGCGAUUUCAGGACCUCGAUGGUGGAGAUGAUAGUGGAGAAGCAGAUAUUUUCACCUGCGGAUUUGGAGAAUCUCUUGCAGUGUUUUCUUUCUCUGAAUUCGAAUCAUCAUCACCAGAUCAUUGUUGAAGUUUUCACAGAGAUUUGGGAAGCUCUGUUCUCUGAGUGGGGAAUUUGAUAUUUAGAAAAAGAAAAAAAAAAUAAGAGGGAGAAGGAAAAAAAAAUACACUAUCUUGUUUUCUCUCUGUUAUUUAUGUUUAGUUUUGUUUCUAAUGGAAUUAGCUUAGUUCCUCUGACUUAGUUUGCAUGUAUGAUAUUCCAUUAUUCCACUGCUAGUUUUACUUCUAUUUUUACUGUUUA